AUGUGGGUGUUCGGCUACGGCUCGCUGAUUUGGAAGGUGGACUUUCCAUACGAAGAGAAGCGAAUUGGUUACAUUAAGGGCUUCAGUCGUCGAUUUUGGCAGGGAAGCACGGACCACCGCGGGGUGCCAGGGAAACCGGGUCGGGUGGUGACACUUGUGGAGGACCCUGAGGGUUGUGUUUGGGGCGUGGCCUAUAAGCUUCCCACAGGCCGCGAACAGGAAGUCAAGCAGCAACUGGACUACAGGGAAAAAGGCGGCUACCGCGUUAUGGUCGUGGCCUUCCACCCGCGGCCACCUCUGUCGCCGCCCCCUAGCCAGACGCUGCUUUACAUUGGCUCACGGGACAACCCCAACUACCUUGGCCCCGCCUCUUUGGAGGAGAUAGCCAAUCAGAUUGUGUGCUCCACAGGGCCUAGCGGGCAGAACACUGAGUAUCUGUUUGAACUAGCCGACGCCGUCAGGAGCAUCCUGCCCGAGGAUAACGACACGCACUUGUUUGGUCUAGAGACGCUAGUGCGUGAAAAAAUUCAAAGAUCGUAA